AUGGGCCACAAAGAUCAGCGAGAUGACUUAAAAGAAACUCUCCGGAAACGGGACGAACAGAUUACCUGCCUGGAGGCUCGGAUAGACGCCUAUAUUGCUCGAACUUCAGAAACGCAGGCUCGCCUUCUCAAAACUAUUGACACCGUCGAUUCUCUAAAGGCUCAACAUGUAAUCGACUUAGCGGCGAAGGAACACGAGAGGGUAACCUUGUCCCAUGAAAUUGACCGUUGGAGAACCUUCGCGAAGGUGCUCGAAGUUGAGCGAGAUGAUCUCAAAGAUGUCGUUGAGGACUUGAUUCAGAAAGUCCAUAUGUCCAGUGACUGGAGUAUGUGGCCUUGCAGUCGCAUGGACAUAACAAAACAUCUACAUCAACUCCCUGAGAACCAUUUUAAACCCAGUGAUACAAGCUGCAGGGAUUCUGAGGAUAUCUUGGAGUACAGUGCUUCUGUCAUAACUAGGCUUCGCACCGAGCUUGACCAUGAGCGCAAAGCCCACUGCAAGGUUGUGGAAGAAGCCAACCACCGUAUCUCUGAACUGGAGGCUAAAGUUGCCGCACGCGAGGUCGUACUAGAAGCAUCCAUCCGACACCAUCAAAAGAGAGAUAAUAUUAGGUCACCGCUGGACCAUUCGCGCCAAGCUCGAACCCCCGAAAGCGAAAUGCCACCUCCAAAACCAAUGACCGAUGAAGACUGUCUCCGUGCAUUAGUGGACAGCAACACUCGGAAUAAAUCUCUUGAGAUUGAAAUACGGAGUUUAGCACGAAAGCUUGAGCGCGCGCGGGACUCCGUGGCUUCACCUGCAUGCAUUUCAGCAGAUGCCACCCCCGUUGUUGGCCCCUCGUCACCGCCGAAAUUUGCUUCUCCCGAUCACCCGCACCAACCAGUCAUCCCGAGGAAACCUCUGACAACUGAUACCGAAACUCAUUUUACGCCAACACUGCAUACAGUAUCCAUCCUGCCAGCUGACUCACAUGUAGUCACACGACCAUUAUCUUACAAUAGUCCCACAGCUUCCUCUGAUUCUGCAUCACAACGCUCUAUUACACAGCUGGAUAAUCAGAUUAAUUUAUACACCUCCCAACUUGUGGCCUUUAAAGCGGAGAGGAAGGCACUGGUUGAGGUGGCCGUAAGAAAACACAGGUUGUCUAAUGGAGGGGAACCUCCCGAUUUCCUACAAAUCUUGGUUAUUGAGGAGGAAUGCGUGAGGCUGGCCUCUCAGGUCUCGCACCUGGAACAAGAACUUCAGCACAGUCGAAGUUCUGCCAAGUCCCGCGAACAUGAGUUGCUAAAGGAAAUCGACGCUCUCAAACUGUCAUUGCAUCAGCAGUCACCAAAUCUUUAUCACGCACACGACACUCAGCAUCUGGAUGAUGGUAUAGAUAUCGAAAAAAACAUGGAACUGGCGACACCUCUGCAGCCCACUGCUAUUCUAUCAUGGAACGAUCCUGGUUUAACAUCUUUUCCUGUGGACCCGCUCCUGAUUCCGCUCCCUUUCUCACCUGAAAGAAAAUCAUCCCCUAUCAUCCCAUCCCCCCAUCCACCGCCACGCCCUUCCAGCCCCCAUCCUGUAAAACUCAGGCGACUUGAAGAGGGAUUGGAGGUAGCCAGGGCUCAACUGGCCGCGAAGCAGCUGGCCCUCGAUCAGCUCAAAUUCGAUAUGGAAGAACUCGAACACUUACUCCCAGAGGAGCCGCCAUGA